GGGGAGCGAGCACUCGCUGCUGCUGCUGCUGCUGCGCUGCCUCUCUGUGCACCUCCAGCCUCAGCAUGAGCACCACUGUCAGGCAAUUCUCCUCCUCCACCUCGCUCAAGGGCUUCGGCAGCCUGGGGGGCGGCUCCAGCCGGCUCUCCUCCGCGCGGCUCGGGGCAGGAGGCUACAGGGCCCCCAGCGUGCACGGGGGCUCCGGCAGCUACUCCGUCUCCUCCCGCGUGGUCUCGGGGCUCGGCAGCGCCUUCGGGGGCAGCUACUGCAGCAGCGCAGGAGGGGCCCUGGGCGGGGGCUUUGGGGGCAGCUAUGGGGCCGGCUUUGGGGCCGGCUUCGGGGCCGGCUUUGGAGGAGGCUUUGGGGGCGGCGAUGGCAUCCUGCCGGCCGGCGAGAAGGAGACCAUGCAGAACCUCAACGACCGCCUGGCCACCUACCUGGACAAGGUGCGAGCCCUGGAGGAGGCCAACACCGAGCUGGAGGUGAAGAUCAGGGAGUGGUACAAGAAGCAGGCGCCGGGUCCUGACCGUGACUACAGCCCCUACUACAGGACUAUCGAGGAGCUCAGGAACAAGAUUCUUUCUGCGACUGUUGAAAAUGCCAACAUCGUCCUGCAGAUCGACAAUGCCAGGCUGGCAGCAGAUGACUUCCGAACCAAGUUUGAGUCGGAGCAGGCUCUGCGCAUGAGCGUGGAGUCCGACAUCAACGGCCUGCGCCGCGUCCUGGACGAGCUGACCCUGUCCAGAGCCGACCUGGAGAUGCAGAUCGAGAACCUGAAGGAGGAGCUGGCUUAUCUGAAGAAGAACCACGAGGAGGAAAUGACGGCCCUGCGCGGGCAGGUGGGUGGGGAGAUCAGCGUGGAGAUGGACGCUGCUCCCGGCAUCGACCUCACCAAGAUCCUGGCGGAGAUGCGGGAGCAGUACGAGAGCCUGGCCGAGAAGAACCGCAGGGACGCCGAGCAGUGGUUCUUCAGCAAGACGGAGGAGCUGAACCGGGAGGUGGCCAUCAACACGGAGCAGCUGCAGAGCGGCAAGACGGAGAUCACGGAGCUGCGGCGCACGAUCCAGAGCCUGGAGAUCGACCUGCAGUCGCAGCUCAGCACGAAAGCGGCUCUGGAGGGCACCCUGGCCGACACCGAGGCGCGCUACGGCACGCAGCUGGCGCAGCUGCAGCUGCUGAUCAGCGGCGUGGAGGAGCAGCUGGCCGAGCUGCGCUGUGACAUGGAGCGCCAGAACCACGAGUACAGGGCGCUGCUGGACGUCAAGAGCCGCCUGGAGCAGGAGAUCGCCACGUACCGCCGGCUGCUGGAGGGCGAGGACGCGCACAUCUCCUCCCAGUACUCCUCGGCCAUGUCAUCACACUCUGGCAGAGAUGUCAUGACAUCGUCCCGCCAGGUGCGCACGAUCGUGGAGGAGGUGCAGGACGGGAAGGUGGUCUCCUCCCGGGAGCAGGUGGCACUCACCACUCGCUAGGACAGCCCCUGGCUCAGGAGAGCAGAGAAUUGAGCCAAGAAGUGCCUGAGGGCUGUGUCCCAGAAUGCUCCUUCACCUGCUCCUCCUGCCUGUGUUGCCCUCAUCCCAUGCAGGUGUCUCUGGACACUUUUAAUAAAGCUUUUUCUCCUUGCUCGUGC